UGUAUCAAUAUUUCUUAAUUCAUAUAUUACGUCAUAGAUAAUAAUAAUGUAACAAUACAAACUCAAUUCGUUGAUUAUUAUCGAACACACAAUCUUCAGCUUUAUUCCUGUUAGACUUCUAUCCUAAAAAAUAAACAAAAAAAAAAAGCAAAAAAUGCUGACUUCACCAACACUCAGCAACUAUAUAUUUACAUUACGAGUGGCAUUACUAGGAACACGCAUCAUAUUAACACCCCCAUUCUACACCCGCAGCCAUGAAGAAAACUUGCUAUGUUCAAAUUUUUGCAUCUGUAGUAGUUGUAUUACUAACCUCAUGCAGAGCCAAAACAUCUACCAACCUUGCCACAGAUCAAUCCGCACUUCUCUCCCUAAAAGCUCACAUCAUCUCAGACCCUCAUCUCACAAUCACUAGAAACUGGACCAAUUCAACCUCCGUUUGCAGUUGGAUUGGCGUCACAUGCAACACGCGCCACCACAGAGUCGCCUCGUUGAAUAUAUCCGACAUGGGCCUCUCAGGCAGCAUCCCACCAGAGCUGGGAAACCUAUCCUUCCUCGUCUCCCUCGACCUCAGACGCAACAAUUUCAGUGGCGCUCUGCCUCACGAGCUGUCUCGCUUGCGCCGCUUGAAAUUCAUUUCUCUCUUUGUCAACAAUUUCAGGGGAGCGAUCCCAUCAUGGUUGCCUCUCUUAUCUAAACUCGAGUACUUGUCUCUCAGAAACAACAGUUUUGUAGGUUCUAUUCCAAAAUCCAUCUCCAACUUAACAAAUCUUUAUUACCUUGAUUUUUCUUUCAAUUCCCUUGAAGGAAUAAUCCCACAAGAGUUUGGUAGACUUCAAAAGCUGCAAUUUCUGAGAAUUCAAUAUAAUCAUCUGUCAGGAGUUAUACCAUCUGCUCUGUUCAACAUAUCUACAUUACGAAUUUUAGCUUUCACAAAGAAUAGAUUGAGUGGAAAUCUUCCAAAUGAUUUGUGCACCAAUCUUCCGUUUAUUGAAGGGCUUUACCUUGGUAACAAUCAGUUGAGCGGCCAAAUUCCAUCAAAUCUGUCGCAAUGCUCAAAGCUUGGACUUUUGUCGUUGGCUUUCAAUUCUUUUAGUGGACAGAUACCCGCAACCAUUGGUGACUUAAAAUCUCUACAAAUUCUGGAGCUUUGGCAAAACCAUUUAAGUGGUACUAUACCACAGGAAAUUGGCAAGCUUCAAAACCUGGUUGGGAUUCAUGUUGGAGAGAAUCAGAUUACGGGCGCAUUGCCCCUCGCUAUCUUCAAUAUCUCGUCUUUGCAAGCUUUAGACGUACGGAACAAUAAACUCUAUGGGAACCUCCCAAGAGACAUCGGGAAUCUUACAAUGCUAAAAGAUGUAGAUCUCUCAUUCAACAAUUUCACAGGUGUUAUACCGAGGGAAAUUGGCCAACGUCUUCACCAGCUGGAAAAACUUCAAUUGGCGUCGAAUAUGUUGAGUGGUUCAAUUCCACCUGAGAUUUUUAACAUCUCAACUCUUAAAGCUCUUUCACUUGCACAGAAUGGUCUGUCAGGUGCCCUUCCAGCCAGUAUGUGCAGCGGCUUUUCCACUCUCGAGGUACUUUACCUUGGUGUAAAUCACUUCACUGGACGAAUACCCGAAUCCAUUUCCAACUGCUCUCAAAUCACAGGGCUUGAUCUCGGCCUCAACAAUUUCACUGGAAUUGUACCUCACUAUCUUGGAAACCUAAGAUUCCUUGAGAUAUUGAAUCUGAGGGACAACAAUCUAACCAUUGGAUCAUCAUCUUCACAAGUGAGCUUCAUCACUUCAUUGACAAAUUGCAGAUCGUUGACUUUCUUGUUAAUUAGUGGUAAUCCUCUUGAUGGAACUCUUCCAUCUUCCAUAGGAAACUUAUCCUCCCAGCUCCAAUUGUUAUCUGCAUAUGAUUGCAGAAUAAAGGGCAAAAUUCCUGAUGAAAUAGGUAAUCUGACCAACUUGGUUCGACUCUCUUUCUUCGAUAAUGACCUGUCUGGUAAAAUCCCACUUAGUUUGAAGCAUUUACUCAAGCUCCAGGGAUUAUAUCUAGGUAAAAACAACAUGAGAGGUUACAUUCCAGAUUAUCUGUGUGAUUUACACAGCUUGUCGGAAUUGUAUUUGAGCGGAAAUAAGUUGUCGGGUCCUAUUCCAAAAUGUUUAGGAAAUGUCACGUCCUUAAGAUAUCUUUUUCUAGACUCUAACAUGCUGACAUCAAGCAUACCAUCAGGCUUGUGGCGCCUAAAAGAUUUGGUGAUGCUAGACCUAUCCGCUAACUCAUUGAGCGGAAUCUUACCUCCAGAGUUUGGUAAUUUAGUAGCAGCAAUUUCCAUAAAUCUGUCAAUGAAUCAAUUGUCAAAUUCUAUUCCGAGCACGAUUGGUAGUUUGCAAAAAAUGGUUAAUCUUUCUUUGACACAUAAUAGACUUGAAGGUCCAAUUCCAGUGUCCAUUGGGAGCAUGAUUGGUUUGCAAACUCUCGACUUAUCCUACAAUAGCCUCUCUGGUUCAGUGCCGAAAUCUUUGCAAACACUUCAACAGCUUUACAACUUUAAUGUCUCUUUCAAUUCUCUAAGUGGAGAAAUUCCCAGUGGUGGUCCUUUUAUGAACUUCACAAUGGAGUCCUUUAAAGGUAAUGAAGCCCUAUGUGGAAUUCCAAGGUUCCACGUCCCACCUUGUCAAGUUGUCUCUAAUCACAAAUCAAAGCGGAAGAAGGUGGAAUUUGCUUUGUUCAUUCUGUCUGGGGUUGUGGCUUUAACUGCAAUUCUAUGUUUGGGCUUUAUUUUACUUAUAUAUAGAAGGAAAGAUAAAGAAACUAUUGGAAUUGAUGGAAUUUGGUCUGUGCAACGUGAAAGAUUUUCAUAUUAUGAACUUUCACGAGCAACUCAACGGUUCAAUGAGAGCAACUUACUAGGUAUGGGAAGUUUUGGUUCUGUUUAUAGAGGAAUUCUUGGAGAUGGGAACGCUAUUGCUGUAAAGGUGUUUAAGCUUCAAUCUGAAGCAACAUUUCGGAGCUUUGAUGUUGAAUGUGAAGUUCUACGCACUAUUCGUCAUAGAAACCUGGUCAAAGUCAUAAGCAGUUGCUCCACCGAAGAAUUCAAGGCUUUGAUACUAGAAUACAUGCCAAAGGGAAACCUUGAAAGCUGGUUGUAUUCACACAACUAUUGCUUGGAUUUCAUACAAAGGUUGAACAUAAUGAUUGAUGUGGCGUCGGCAUUGGAAUAUCUUCACCAUGGCCAUUUCACUCCAAUUGUUCAUUGUGACUUGAAACCAAGUAAUGUCUUGUUAGAUGAAGAAAUGGUUGCUCAUGUCAGCGAUUUUGGUUUAUCAAAACUAUUGGGCGAGGGGAAGAGCAUUGUGCUAACAAACACUCUAGCAACUCUCGGUUACAUUGCUCCAGAGUAUGGUUUUGAAGGGAUAGUCUCCACAAGGUGUGAUGUCUAUAGCUAUGGGGUGAUGCUAAUGGAAACUUUUACGAGAAAAAGACCAAGUGACAAUAUGUUUGCCGGAGAUCUAAGCUUGAAGAUUUGGAUUGAAAGCUCAAUUCCAAAAUCGGCAUAUGAAGUUAUAGAUGUCAACUUACUAAAGAAUCUUGACAAAGAACAUGGCAACAAAAUUGUGGAAUUCGCAUCAUCCGUAUUGGAGUUGGCUAUGAAGUGCUCUGCAGAAUCCCCUAAAGAUAGGAUUAACAUGAAAGAAGCUCUAGCAGAGCUGCAUAAAAUCAAGCGUUCAUUUUUAGAAUGAAACCUAAAUCACAGUGGUAAGGCCUUAUAAAGUUGUUUUUUUCCUAUUAAUUGCCAAAACUGUAUAACACGUUAUGUAAAUCAAAGUGGUAAGGCCUUAUAAAGUAGUAUUUAGGCAUAUACAAUAAAUCAGGAUAAUAAUUCUAGCCCAGUAUUUGAUCCUUAUAUUAAACUAUGUUUUAAA